AUGUCAUCAUCAUGCUGUACAAAAGGACCAGGUUAUACUAGUCCACUUGAAGCUAUGAAAAAUGGUCCACGUGAAAAAAUCUUAUAUGUUGCAAUGAUUCCAUGUCAAGAGGAUCAACCUAAUUAUUUAGCAACUAUUGAUGUUGAUCCAACUUCUAAUAAUUAUCAACAAGUUAUUAAUCGAUUAUAUGUUCCAAAUAUAAAUGAUGAAUUACAUCAUUUUGGUUGGAAUGUUUGUUCAUCAUGUCAUGAUGAUUGUAAUAAGCAACGACGAUUUCUUGUAUUAGGUGGUUUUAAAUCAUCAAGAAUCUAUAUUGUUGAUACAUCUGACGAAAAAAAACCUAGUUUAUAUAAAACAAUAGAAAGUGAUGAAUUAAAAAAAUUAGAUUUAACUGCUCCACAUACAGUUCAUUGUUUAGGUAGUGGUGAAAUAAUGAUUUCAUGUUUGGGAAAUGCAAAAGGUGAACAACCAGGUGGUUUUAUGUUACUUAAUCAAAAUUUUGAAGUUAUCGGUCGAUGGAAUGAUGGAAAUAGUCCAUCAUCAGUUCAAUUUUAUUAUGAUUUUUGGUAUAAACCAAGAUUUAAUAUCAUGGUUAGCAGUGAAUGGGCAGCUCCAAAUAUUUUUGACAAAGGUUUUAAUCCAAAUGAUGUUGCUUUAAAUAAAUAUGGUCAUUCAUUACAUUUUUGGGAUUGGUCAAAACGUAAAUAUUUAAAAACAAUUGAUCUUGGUGAAGAUGGUUCAAUUCCACUUGAAUUACGUUUUUGUCAUAAUCCAACAACACCAUAUGGUUAUGUUGUAUGUGCAUUAGGUAGUUCCGUAUUUCGAUAUUUUCCAGAUGAUUCAAAUGAAUGGCAAGUUGAAAAAGUUAUACAAGUUGAAUCAUUAACUGGUAAUGAUGGUCAACCAGUACCAGCUAUUAUUUCUGAUAUGCUUAUUUCACUUAAUGAUAAAUUUAUGUAUUUUUGUAAUUGGCUUCAUGGUGAUAUUCGUCAAUAUGAUAUUACCAAUCCAUCAAAACCAAAAUUAACUGGACAAAUUUGGCUUGGUGGUUUAAUUAAAACUGAUAAUGAUUUUAAUGAUAAACGUUCACUUACUGGUGGAGCACAAAUGAUUCAAUUAUCACUUGAUGGUAAACGUUUAUAUGUAACUAAUUCUCUUUAUUCAUCAUGGGAUGAUCAAUUUUAUCCUAAAAUGAAAAAUGAUGGAUCAUAUUUAGUUAAAAUUGAUUGUGAUAGUGAAAAUGGUGGAAUGAAACUUGAUCAAAAUUUUUAUAUUUCAUUUAAGAAUGAACCAAAUGGACCUUCACGUGCUCAUGAAAUGCGUUAUCCUGGUGGAGAUGCAACAUCGGAUAUAUGGAAUUAA